AUGACUGCUCUGCGAUUUGUCAGAUCUGUCUGGAAGUCUUUCCAGGCAGAAUCUGGCCUGGAGCCGAGACUCUUCGGAGAGAAUCUACGGGUUACGGCAGCUGAGCCAGGCCGAGUAGAGUUCGAGCUCGAUAUCAAGAAGGAGCACACAAAUCGUCUCAACAUCAUCCAUGGAGGUUCCAUCGCAAGCAUGGUUGACUUGGGAGGCUCCUUGGCCGUAGCUUCGAGGGGACUGUAUGCUACCGGCGUAUCAACUGAUCUCAAUGUCACAUAUCUCAACUCCGGCGGUCAAGUCGGGGAUAUUCUGAAAGCUGUCGUCAAAUGUGACAAGUUCGGCAAGACUUUGGCCUACACAUCAAUCGAGUUCACAAACAGCAAGGGACAAAUAGCGGCAAGGGGUAGUCACACGAAAUACGUUUCUCAAGCGUGGAAGCAUCCCGAGAAUAUCGUUGAAGAGCUGUCUCCUCACGAGAAGAAAUGA